AUGGCGGCCGGGUGCAACUGCAAGGCGGCCAUCGGGUGCGUGGACUCGCGCGCGCCGGUGCGGGCCAGCUACGUGAGCCUGUACAAGUGGCCCGAGUCCGACGCCGAGUUCGUCAAGUCGGUGGCCAUGGCGCGGCGCCAGGGAGGAGGAGGAGGAGGGCAGGAGAGCCCCGCCAGCGGCGGCGGCGCUAGCGCGUCAGCGUACCACUACUACUACAACGGCAGCGGCAGCAUGCGGAACAGCGGCGAGCUGCUGGCGCCGGCGGAGUACUGCAGCCCCCGGGUGGUGGACAGCUACUCGUGCCGGCAGAUGUACCUCCGCAGCUACACCUUCUCCAAGAGGAAGGAGACGGUGCCGGAGCGCACCAUGGCGUGCCUCGGCCGCGUCAGGGAGCGCGGCGCCGCCGUGUUCCCGCUGUUCCUCCCGCAGCGGAACGGAGGGUCGUCCACGGACGCCGGCUCGGUCAGGGAGCGCGGCGAGAGCAGAGUCGUCAGGGAGGACGACGACGUGCUGGGGCUCCGUGGCAGCAGCAACCAGCAGCAGCAGGGGAGGAAGCAGAGCAGGCGGCGGCGGAGGAGGAGGAAGAAGAAGGGGUGCGCCGUGGUGCGGAGGCUGCAUGAGGCCUCCUGCGGCGCCAUGCGCGCCAUCUUCCGCCGCCUCCUCGCUUGCACCACCAGCGUCGACGUCGCCGACGACACCGGUGCGCCGCCGCAGCCGUGA